AUGUCGCUGUCGACGUCAGUACGCAAGGCUGCCAAGUCAGGCUCACGGCAAAAAAAACGUGAAGCAGCGAAACGAAUACUGCAGUUGUCUUUGAGCAAAUUUGCCAAGACUAAGAAGUCAAGGAGGGCAUUGGAUUUGAGGCGCGAAUUGCUAAUCGCCUACACGGUGUGCAACUCUCUUCGAGUCUUGGAAGGACGAGCUGGAAGAGCGCGGCAACCACCACCACCACCGAUUCGUCCAUCUCCUCAAUGCAGGUAUCCUCCCGCAAAGGCAGCUUCUUCUUCACGACACCAGCAGUUCAAUGUCUGUGACAUUUCCAAAUUAUCCAUCACUGACGAAAUGGAUGCAAGAAUUGAAUCUGAUGUGCGCAGCCAUUCCGUCCACAGAGAUGCUGCAAUCAUGUCUGCUUCAAUUGUUCUGCGAUUUAUUUUUUUUGACAAAUGA